CUCUUCCGGACCUUCGCUUCCUGCGCCUCUUCGUUUAUCUGCUCUCAACUAUUAGGGACGGAUACGACCGACGGUUCCGCUUCUCAAAAUGACUCGCAACACGUAACCGCCGCACGCGAAUGCCUCGUUUCAGGUGGACGCUGGGGGAUUCGGACCAAAACGUUGCAUCGACCCUGCCAAAAGAGCGAUCAUAAUGCCACAGUGCGCGUGUCCGGGGCCGCUGUCAGCCGUCCAGCUCAAGCGUCUGGAGGAACACAAGUACAGCGCGUCCGGUCGCUCGCUAUUCGAGCCGCCCUGCCAGAUAUACUGGAACUGGCUGGUCCAGCAAAUACCGACGUGGGUCGCGCCGAACACGCUGACCAUCAUCGGACUCGUAGUGAACGUUAUAACGACGGUGAUUCUCGUGUAUUACUGUCCUACGGCCACGGAGGAGGCACCAGGUUGGGCCUUCUUUCUAAGCGGUUUAGGCCUUUUCAUCUAUCAAUCUCUGGAUGCCAUUGACGGCAAACAGGCUAGACGGACCAAUAGCAGCUCGGCUCUCGGGGAGCUCUUUGACCAUGGCUGUGACGCCGUCUCCACAGUGUUUGUUGCCGUGGGAACGUGUAUAUCCUGCGGGAUCGGCACUUAUCCUGACUGGAUGUUUUUUUGUGGCUUUGUGGGCAUGUUCAUGUUUUUCUGCGCACACUGGCAAACAUACGUGUCUGGAACUCUCCGCUUUGGAUUGGUUGAUGUGACGGAGGUACAGAUUGCUAUUGUAAUCAUGUAUAUGAUGUCAGCUUUCGGAGGUGUGGGUCUUUGGGAAACAACGGUGCCUGUGCUCGGAGUGAAUCUGCAAACCUUUCCGAUUCUCGGCAUCAUUGGCGGAUUCCUGUAUUCAACAUAUUGCUACUUCUAUGUCAUCCUCAACGGUGGUGUGGGGAAGAACGGCUCAACUGUUGCAGACACCAGUGUAUUGUCUCCUGGUCUACAUGUUGGGCUCGCUCUUACCCUGGCCUUCAUUAUCUUUAAGAAGUCCUCCAGCCAGCUUUUUGAGCAUCAUCCCUGCCUUUAUAUACUGACCUUUGGCAUGGUGAUUGCCAAGAUCUCCAAUAAGCUAGUGGUGGCCCACAUGACCAAGAGUGAACUUCAUCUUCAUGACACAGCCUUUAUUGGUCCUGGACUUCUCUUCUUGAACCAGUAUUUUAACAGCUUCAUUGAUGAGUACAUCGUCUUGUGGAUUGCCAUGGUGCUUUCCGGUUUAGAUCUGGUGCGAUACUGCACGAGUUUAUGCAUACAAAUCGCAUCCCACUUACGAAUCCGGGUUUUCAGCAUCGCCCCAGAGGGCCACACCCACAAAGACUGACAAUUUGCCCGGCGGGAGGAGGAAGCGGGAUUCAAGGACGAUGACGUCAUCCCGCUUAUUAUUCAAGAGCAGGAAAGCCCAACAAACCAAAACCUCAAUGGCCUUGACAGUAUCACUACCAGAGACUAAGAUAAGGAUAAAACGUGCAUUGUUUUGCCAGGUUUGACCGGAACAUCUCGAGUAUGACCAGCGUAUUGUUUUUUUUUAACUACACUGGACUGUAUCUCACUGGAUAAAAACGAAGAGCGUAGACGCUAACCGAAAUCUACGAAAUGGCUUCAGGGACCAGAGGGGCUUAGAACAGUUUUUUCAAAAUGUUCUGUGGAAAUCAACCACAAAUUAUUAUUAUCGUCCAGACGAAGCGUUCAUUACGAUACAUCUAAUCACAUUGAAUUAAACUUUAAUUGGCUGAAAAUUUAUAGUAAUCAAAGUGUUAACGCUGUUGUUUUUAACCAAAUUGUUCUUUCACGUCAUACAGUACACACAUUCAUUUAGGAUACAUCUUGUUAAAAUAAAGCAAAAAUAAGUAUUAAAAACAUUGUUCUUAAGAUCCUAUUUAAAUCACCAAACUGACAGUGGUCGGCACCACAAAACCUUUUUUACUUUUAAGUAUUUUUACUGCUUUUACUAAAGCAGCUAUUUGUAGAGACUAGAAGACUUUAUAUCAGCUAAAUAAGACCCCGAACAAAAUGCCCAAACAGCCAUUGUAGCUUUCAGAAGGAACCUUUUUGUGAUUGUCCAGUGAUUACAGUGUUUGCAUUUAUUUGAAUAACUCGCCUGAAUUAUGUGUGAAAUCAAGUCAAGCCUGUUUAAAAAACAUAAUUGAAAUAAUUGGAAAUAUUUAAUUGUCAAGGAUUGUGGCUAUGUGCUAAAAACAGACACGCCUCAUUUUGAGGAGAGCUCCGCCCCCUCUUCCAAUCACCCAAUCCCAGUUCGUUGUGACUUCUUGUUGUGUAUAUACUUACUCCAGCUGGGUUGCUUGUUUUAAGGUGAUGUUGAGGGGUUGGUGCUCUUUUAUGUCUGUUUAAUGAUGCACUAACUGACAGGUCUGCCUGCUUAGAAUCAUCUCCUCCCAAAGGGCUAAUGAAACAAAUAAACGUUGUGUGAUUUGAAUAGA